CCAGCAUGCACUGCAAAUUGGUUCUUUUUUUUUUUAUGGGAGGGAUUCUCUAAGAGGCGUUGCCGCACUAGAAGCGAGUAGACUUUUUAACUCCACACCCAAGCAAUAUUUCAUACAAACGCAUUUGCAGGCACCUACAGUGAACUUCUUAUCAAUUUAGCCGGAAUCUUUCAUUAUGGCAAACUACAUUCAUGUACCCGACGAGGCGCCCGCUGUACCCAAAAUAGAUGUCACAUUAGACGAGAACGAUUACAGAUCUGGUGCAUUGAGACUGAUCAAGGAACUGAGACCGUUCUGGAAACCAUCCGAGGUCAAAAUGAAGGUAUUACAUUUGUCACAUUCGACGUAUUAAUUUCUAAUAAGUUUCUACGAUUACCGUAGGUGACUAGACAGUCGUCAUCGGUCACAUACUGCCUACCAGGCAGCUAUUACAUUAUUCUGAAACUGGAGGUGUUGCGCCUUUUUAAAUAGAAGCUGCGUCAACUUGCUAGCUAGCAGCAGUGUAGCAUUCAAGCCAGCCGAUUGACGGAUGAAUCGAGGCAGUGGAAUUCAUAGCUAGGCCUCUUGUUUGACGUAGUUUGCAUGAUCUAGUAAGAUCAGUAACUCACUGUACGUUCUGUGUCACAUCAAGAGAUUGCAACAAAGUAUCUUAUCAAAUUCAAGGAUAUUAUAGGCGUCGUCAUGCACAUAAAACAGACAACUGGCCAGCUGAAGUAGUUGACAAGUAACUAGUUAUGCAUUUGAUCUGGUGCCAAUUUUCUUAUGCCAUUGUAAUAUUAACAGUGCCAUUCUACGAUGGCAAGACUAGGUACAACUUCCAGGAAUCGAUGAUCAUGAGUAGGGGGACUGUUUGCCAAGUACCUUAACUCCAACACGAAACUGAGCACAGACUAGCUCUCGAAAACCCUUCAGCCACAUUACAUUCGCCCACAUUUGGCCUACGUGUAAACUACAAUUCCGACGCGGUGUUUUAACGUUUAGAAACGUCAAUAACCAUCGGUUUCGAAACAUAAUGAUAUGACCCCUUGUCUUUCAUGUCAGAGAGAAAUAAACUUUAAAAUAAAACAGAUAGCUACUUACUGUAGCAGUUUUGCACAGAUCCAUUCGCUGCGUGCCGUGCAUCCAGUUGACGAACUACACUUCCUCUCCUGUUAGUUUCCACACAGGUGUUCGAAGCACGCUAGAUAACUAAUUAGCACAGGUGGCGGCCUAUGUCUUCCGUAAACAAGCGCUGUAACAUGGAGAUAUGGCCGUGUGGACACAUUAAACCUAUAAAGAUGUGUAGUAAUUUUUCUCUACACUAUACAGUGCAUUCGGAAAGUAUUCAGACCACUUGACUUUUUCCACGUUUUGUUACAUUGCAGCCUGAUUCUAAAAUUGAUUAAAUUAUAUUUUUCCCUCAUCAAUCUACACACAAUACCCCAUAAUGACAAAGCGAAAAUAGGUUUGUAAUUUUUUUUGCAAAUGUAUUAAAAAUAAAAACCAGAAAUACCGUAUUUACAUAAGUAUUCAGACCCUUUGCUAUGAGACUCGAAAUUGAGCUCCGGUGCAUCCUGUUUCCAUUGAUCAUCCUUGAGAUGUUUCUACAACUUGAUUGGAGUCCACCUGUGGAAAUGUCAAUUGAUUGGACAUUAUUUGGGAAGGCACACACAUGUCUAUGUAAGGUCCCACAGUUGAACGUGCAUGUCAAGCCAUGAGGUUGAAAUAAUUGUCCGUAGAGCUCUGAGACAGGCUUGUGUCGCGGCACAGAUCUGGGGAAGGGUACCAAAACAUUUCAGCAGCAUUGAAAGUCCCCAAGAACACAGUGGCCUCCAUCAUUCUUAAAUGGAAGAAGUUUGGAACCACCAAGACUCUUCCUUGAGCUGGCCUCCCGGCCAAACUGAGCAAUCAGGGGAGAAGGACCUUGUCAGGGAGGUGACCAAGAACCCGAUGGUCACUCUGACAAGGCUCCAGAGUCCCUCUGUGGAGAUGGUUGUCCUUCUGGAAGAUUCUCCCAUCUCUGCAGCACUCCACCAAACAGGCCUUUAUGGUAGAGUGGCCAGACGGAAGCCACUCCUCAGUAAAAGGCACAUGACAGCCCGCUUGGAGUUUGCCAAAAGGCACCUAAAGGACUCUCAAACCAUGAGAAACGAGAUUCUCUGGUCUGAUGAAACCAAGAUUGAACUCUUUAGCCUGAAUGCCAAGCAUCACUUCUGGAGGAAACCUGGCACCAUCCCUACGGUGAAGCAUGGUGGUGGCAGCAUCAUGCUGUGGGGAUGUUUUUCAGCGGCAGGGACUGGGAGACUAGUCAGGAUCCAAGGAAAGAUGAACAGAGCAAAGUACAGAGAGAUCCUUGAUGAAAACCUGCUCCAGAGCGCUCUGGACCUCAGACUGGGGCAAAGGUUCACCUUCCAACAGGACAACGACCAUAAGCACACAACCAAGACAAUGCAGGAGUGGCUUUGAGUCUCUGAAUGUCCUUGAGUGGCCCAGCCAGAGCCCGGACUUGAACCCGAUCGAACAUCUCUGGAGAGCCCUGAAAAUAGCUGUUCAGCGACGCUCCCCUUCCAACCUGACAGAGCAUGAGAGGAUCUGCAGAGAAGAAUGUGAGAAACUCCCCAAAUACAGGUGUGCCAAGCUUGUAACGUCAUACCCAAGAAGACUUGGUUGUAAUCACUGCCAAAGGUGCUUCAACAAAGUACUGAGUAAAGGGUCAGAAUACUUAUGUAAAUGUGAUAUUUCAGUUUUUUGUUUUGAAUAAAUGUGCAUAAAAAAUUAGCCUGUUUUUCCUUUGUCAUUAUGGGGUAUUGUGUGUAGAUUGAUGGGGGAAAAAACAAUUUAAUCAGUUUUAGAAUAAGUCUGUAACGUAACAAUGUGGAAAAAGUUGAGGGGUCUGAAUACUUUCCGAAUUCACUUUACUUGCUUGUUUUGUCACAAACUGAAAUUAAGUGAACUAUUAGAAUUUUAGCAGCCAGGAAAUGGCGGAGAGAAUUUCUGUAUAGUUCACCUUUAAAGGAAAAUGUCAAUUUUUCCACUUCAUAUUCAUCUCCAACCCCACCCCAACAUCAACAUAUUUAAAAAUAUGAUUUUAACCAAUUAUGAGUAGGCAUUGUCUAGUAAUUGGAUGUCAUUGGAAACACUUACCUUCGUGUGUGUGUUUUUUUUCUUACUACAAAACGUAGAAAUGCACCAUUUUCACAUAUGUGGAUGUUGGGGUGAUGAUGAAUAUGAACUUGAACAUUUUAAAAAUGUCUGUUUUAAGUUUCACUUGAGGAACACUGCAUUUGCAUUCAUUGCCACAACAGCGAAUGUGCAUGUGCCAAUUGAAUCUCAACAAGGGAAACAGUCGGUGGUUUUAUUUUACUAAUGUUUUAUUAAAAAGUAUGGAUUUCAGCAAACUGAGAAAGGCACACAUCAGAGGGCAAACAUAGGUACACAGUAAGGGUUUAAGAGUUUUUAAAUUGUUAAAGUAUCGCCACAUAACGAGUCGGAGGUUCAUUAAAAAAAAAACUCUAGUCUGAGCUCAACUCCGUGGAGGAGUUGAGUUACUUGGCAAGGGGACCAGGGGAGGUUUGUAAAAGUCUGAAUUUUUGCCUGGUUUGUUUUGUGCAUAGUAACUGUUUUGGAGAGCUGUGGUCAGAAGGUAGGGGGUCCUCUGGAACUUUGAAACUCCCCCGGGGACAUGUGCUAAGACUAAUAAUUCUUUUAUUUAUUGUUUUAUCUUGAAGAUAUUAUAAUAUCGUGUCAUGAGGUCCUUGGCAAUUCCCUGCCGAGUCACAAGGUGGUCCGAGUUUCUCCUGGGCUCUGUGGUUAAAGUUAGGCUAGUCUAAAUGGUGAACACACUUUUGAGAAUGAAAACAUAGCUUAGAUGGCAAUUUGCAUCAGGACAUGGAAUUUUCCAUUAGUCAUGUGGUUUGUUCCUGUCAAACCUUUACAAACCCAGCUCAUGGAAACAAGUAGAACAAGUCUGUCAUGUAUGCUGAUUGUAAAACCGAGGUGGUAUGGUAAGACUUCGUGACCAUACAGAAGUGGCACAAUUUCAGUUUCCACCUCGUAAAUAAAAACUGACGAACACCGAAUGGGGGCGUGGUUUCUCUAGGGAAACACAGCUCUAGGGGGGUGUUGUGGGCAGGGUGGACACACACACACACACACACACACACACACACACACACACACACACACACACAACCACCCUGACUAUUUUCAUUCACAAAGCAAGGACUCAGCACAUGCCAGCCAUUGCUCGUUCCUGCAAAAUAAAAUUCCAGACGUGCCUCUACGCUCAUGGUCAAUCCCUGAUAGUGUAUGCGAUUAGGGGUGGAAUGCCUGGCCCCACAGAAAUGUUCCAGUUUUCAUUGGGGAUGAAAACAACCGUUGGGUUUAAACCCACCCAGGCAAUUCCUAUUUUCCAUCAAUGCAUUCUGGGGUCCUUUUGUUUUUCCAUCAGAUCCGAAAUCAAUUGACAACCUAUAAAAGGAACCAUAGAAUUCAGUCCCAGGAUGAAAGUACACUACAGUAGGUGGCAGAAUACUGUUCGUGGAUGGUAGAGGUCCAUUCGUAUUUAGAAAUGGCCUCAUCCGUAGUAUUAAUAGACAGAUAAGAAAGAUCUAGCCUACCUGACAGGAAGUCUACUGUACCUGUAGUAUAUGCAACCUAUAGUAAAUAUGCUAUAUAAUAGAAGCCUAUAGGGUACCUAUAGCCAUCACUGUUAUGAAAACCAGCAUGACUGGACAUAAGCCUAUAAAUAUCUGAGUAAAUUGUCAUUUUAUAUAUAUAUAUAUAUAUAUAUAUAUAUAUAUAUAUAUAUAUAUAUAUAUAUAUAUAUAUAUAUAUAUAUAUAUAUAUUACUGCUCAAAAAAAUAAAGGGAACACUAAAAUAACACAUCCUAGAUCUGAAUGAAUGAAAUCAUCUUAUUAAAUACUUUUUUCUUUACAUAGUUGAAUGUGCGGACAACAAAAUCACACAAAUUAUAAAUGGAAAUCAAAUUUAUCAACCCAUGGAGGACUGGAUUUGGAGUCACCCUCAAAAUUAAAGUGGAAAACCACACUACAGGCUGAUCCAACUUUGAUGUAAUGUCCUUAAAACAAGUCAAAAUGAGGCUCAGUAGUGUGUGUGGCCUCCACGUGCCUGUAUGACCUCCCUACAAUGCCUGGGCAUGCUCCUGAUGAGGUGGCGGAUGGUCUCCUGAGGGAUCUCCUCCCAGACCUGGACUAAAGCAUCCGCCAACUCCUGGACAGUCUGUGGUGCAACGUGGCGUUGGUGGAUGGAGCGAGACAUGAUGUCCCAGAUGUGCUCAAUUGGAUUCAUGUCUGGGGAACGGGCGGGCCAGUCCAUAGCAACAAUUCCUUCCUCUUGCAGGAACUGCUGACACACUCUAGCCACAUGAGGUCUAGCAUUGUCUUACAUUAGGAGGAACCCAGGGCCAACUGCACCAGCAUAUGGUCUCACAAGGGGUCUGAGGAUCUCAUCUCGGUACCUAAUGGCAGUCAGGCUACCUCUGGCGAGCACAUGGAGGGCUGUGCGGCCCCCCAAAGAAAUGCCACCCACACCAUGACUGACCCACCGCCAAACCGGUCAUGCUGGAGGAUGUUGCAGGCAGCAGAACGUUCUCUACGGCGUCUCCAGACUCUGUCACGUCUGUCACAUGCUCAGUGUGAACCUGUUUUCAUCUGUGAAGAGCACAGGGCGCCAGUGGCGAAUUUGCCAAUCCUGGUGUUCUCUGGCAAAUGCCAAACGUCCUGCACGGUGUUGGGCUGUAAGCACAACCCCCACCUGUGGACGUCGGGCCCUCAUACCACCCUCAUGGAGUCUGUUUCUGACCGUUUGAGCAGACACAUGCACAUUUGUGGCCUGCAGGGCUCUGGCAGUGCUCCUCCUGCUCCUCCUUGUACAAAGGUGGAGGUAGCAGUCCUGCUGCUGGGUUGUUGCCCUCCUACGGCCUCCUCCACAUCUCCUGAUGUACUGGCCUGUCUCCUGGUAGCACCUCCAUGCUCUGGACACUACGCUGACAGACACAGCAAACCUUCUUGCCACAGCUCGCAUUGAUGUGCCAUCCUGGAUGAGCUGCACUACCUGAGCCACUUGUGUGGGUUGUAGACUCCGUCUCAUGCUACCACUAGAGUGAAAGCACCGCCAGCAUUCAAAAGUGACCAAAACAUCAGCCAGGAAGCAUAGGAACUGAGAAGUGGUCUGUGGUCACCACCUGCAAAACCAGUCCGUUAUUGGGGGUGUCUUGCUAAUUGCCUAUAAUUUCCAUCAGUUGUCUAUUCCAUUUGCACAACAGCAUGUGACAUUUAUUGUCAAUCAGUGUUGCUUCCUAAGUGGACAGUUUGAUUUCACAGAAGUGUGAUUGACUUGGAGUUACAUUGUGUUGUUUAAGUGUUCCCUUUAUUUUUUUGAGCAGUGUAUAUCACACACACACACUCUACCGGUCAAAAGAACACCUACUCAUUCAAGGGUUUUUCUUAAUUUUUACUAUUUUCUACAUUGUAGAAUAAUAGUGAAGACAUCAAAACUAUGAAAUAACACAUGGAAUCAUGUAGUAACCAAAAAAGUGUUAAACAAAUCAAAAUAUUUUAAUUUUGAGAUUCUUCAAAUAGCCACCCUUUGUCUUGAUGACAGCUUACCACACUCUUGGCAUUCUCUCAAGCAGAUUCAUGAGGUAGUCACCUGGAAUGCAUUUCAAUUAACAGGUGUGCCUUCUUAAAAGUUAAGUUCUAAAACUUUUGACCGGUAGUGUACAUACAUACAUACAUACAGUGCCUUCGGAAAGUAUUCAGACCCCUUGACUUUUUCCACAUUUUGUUACGUUACAGCCUUAUUCUAAAAUUGAUUAAAUUGUAUUUUUUCCUCAUAUACACACACAAUACCCCAUAAUGACAAAGCAAAAACAGGUUAAGAAAUGUUUGUUAAUUUAUUGCAAAUAAGAAACUGAAAUAUCACAUUUACAUAAGUAUUCAGACCCUUUACUCAGUACUUUGUUGAAGCACCUUUGGCUGUGAUUACAGCCUCAAGUCUUCUUGGGUAUGACACUACAAGCUUGGCACACCUGUAUUUGGGUAGUUCCUCCCAUUCUUCUCUGCAGAUCCUCUCAAGCUCUGUCAUGUUGGAUGGGGAGCGACGCUGCACAGCUAUUUUCAGGUCUCUCCAGAGAUGUUCGAUCGGGCUCUGGCUGGGCCACUCAAGGACAUUGAGACUUGUCCCGAAGCCACUCCUGCGUUGUCUUGGCUGUUUGCUUAGGGUUGUUGUCCUGUUGGAAGGUUUCGCCCUAGUCUGAGGUCCUGAGCGCUCUGGAGCAGGUUUUCAUCAGGAUCUCUCUGUACUUUGCUCCGUUAAUCUUUCCCUAGAUCCUGACUAGUCUCCCAGUCCCUGCCGUUGAAAAAGAUCCCCACAGCAUGAUGCUGCCACCACCAUGCUUCACCGUAGGGAUGGUGCCAGGUUUCCUCCAGACAUGACGCUUGACAUUCAGGCCAAAGAGUUCAAUCUUGGUUUCAUCAGACCAGAGAAUCUUGUUUCUCAUGGUCUGAGAGUCCUUUCUGUGCCUUUUGGCAAACUCCAAGCGGGCUGUCACGUUCCUUUUACUGAGGAGUGGCUUCCAUCUGGCCACUCUACCAUAAAUGCCUGAUUGGUGGAGUGCUGCAGAGAUGGUUGUCCUUCUGAAAGUUUCUCCUAUCUCCACAGGGGAACUCUGGAGCUCUGUCAGAGUGACCCUGACCAAGGCCCUUCUCCCCCGAAUGCUUAGUUUGGCUGGGCGGCCAGCUCUAGGAAGAGUCUUGGUGGUUCCAAACUUCUUCCAUUUAAGAAUGAUGGAGGCCACUGUGUUCUUGGGGACCUUCAAUGCUGCAGACAUGUUUUGGUACCCUUCCACAGAUCUGUGCCUCGACACAAUCCUGUCUCAGAGCUCUACAGACAAUUCCUUCGACCUCAUGGCUUGGACCUCACCACAGGUGUGUGCCUUUCCAAAACCUGUCCAAUCAAUUGAAUUUACCACAGGUGGACUCCAAUCAAGUUCUAGAAACAUCUCAAGGAUGAUCAAUGGAAACAGGAUGCACCUGAGCUCAAUUUCAAGUCUCAUAGCAAUGGGUCUGAAUGCUUAUGUAAAUAAGGUAUUUCUGUUUUUUAUUUUUAAUAAAUUUACAAACAUUUCUAAAAACCUUGUUUUUUUUCUUCUAACCUGUUCUUUUUGUCAUAAUGGCGUAUUGUGUUUAGAUUGAUGAGGAAAACAAUGCAUUUAAUCCAUUUGAGAAUAUGGCUGUAACGUAACAAAAUGUGGAAAAAGGGAAGGGGUCUAAAUACUUUCCGAAUGCACUAUAUUUAUUUUAUACUGAGGCAUUGGAUGUGAUGAUGAUGCUGCCAAAUUGCGAUAAUUUGUCUACUAAUCAUCUCUUUUUCUCUCUCGAUCAGUUCUUCACAGAUGGAAUCACCAAUAAGUUGCUGGGCUGCUACGUGGGCGGGGUCAUGCAGGAUGUGGUCCUGGUCCGUAUCUAUGGCAACAAGACAGAGCUGUUUGUGGACCGGGAGAACGAGGUGAAGAGUUUCAGGACGCUCCACGCACACCGCUGCGCCCCACGUCUCUACUGUACCUUCAACAACGGCCUCUGCUAUGAGUUCCUACAGGGCCAGGCACUGGAACCUGAACACAUCCGCAGCCUGCCCACGUCCAGGUACAGCUACGCAUAUAGUUAUCCCACCGUGUCGAGUACAACUUGUUGAAACAAGAGCACCCUUAGUCUAAAUAUUUGAGAUAAACACACCCUCCCCCAUUGCCAACCCUCUCUCCCCCCCUUAGAAAAAAGCAGAAACUCUGAGCUAUCUUACCAGGCCCUAAUCUUAGAAGAACUACACCCACACUACACAUAUAGUACUUUACAUAGACCACACCUUUGAAUUCAUGUGUCAAGUCUACCCAUUCUCAGGUGAAACCACAGUACACCUGCACUUCUUUACACUUUCCAUAGCCUUCGACAUUGUCAUGUAAGGUGUGGUGCGUCUGUGUACUUGUAUAUGGGGGUGAGUCGGUAAGGAAACAUAAUGUGACUAUUGUUCCCUUGGAGAACAUUACUAGCAGUAGAAACACAGGACAUAGAUACAGUUACAGGUCAGGAGUUUGAUUGAAAGCUGAUCCUGGAUCUAUGGAUACAGAACCAUGCUUUAGCUAACCUGUUCUUUAGCUAAAGCCCAACCACUCCAGGGCUAUGCAUUCAGUUCACGUGUCCAAUAUCAGGGACACCGAUGUACAUAGACAAAUAUAGUCUCACCCUUAGGUGUAAACUCGCCUUAAACUCCAUGAGAUGAGUCUUGUGUUUUUCCUAUGACCUGACAUUCAUUCAAUUCUGGGAUUCUUUACAAAUAUGGCCUCUAGUGUAUAAGCCCAUACUGAAGUAAGAGUUUUUUACAGUCUUGGCCUCUAGAAUUUGGUCCCUCCUCUCAACUCCCUAUCGCCAACUCACAUCGCUUCCAACACCCUACAGGCUCAUCGCGAGGCAGCUGGCUAAGUACCAUGCCAUCCAUGCUCACAACGGAUGGGUGCCCCAGUCAGACCUGUGGCUGACAAUGGGCAAGUACUUCGCCCUGGUGCCCAAGUUCUUCCAAGACCCAGAGAUGAACAUGAGGUGAGUGGUGUAGAUAAAGAAAUGAACUGGGUCCCAAUAUCCAGACCUGCAUGGUACGGAGUAUGAAGGCCUGCGUUGGCGUGUUCAUGCCAUGCAAGCUGAAUAGUAUGCUAGUUGAGAUAUUGGGACGUAGUCGAGGUCUAGAUAGGAGGACUGAGUUAUCUUAGUAGGGACAAAUGAAAUCUGUUGGAGGUUUCUCAUCAAUACCCUUUAAAGUUAUUAUUGGUGCUUGAAUAUUUUGCCUCCACCCAUUGCCUACUUUAUGACUCAUUAACGGGGCCAGGAGUUUUUCCAGGUCUGGUUACAUAGUGAUGAGGAAUAACUCUGGGGCUCUAGUCUGGAAUAUUCCAUUAGGAAGCUCUUGAAUGGAACACUAGAGAUGUAUGAGAGAGGCUUGUCCUGUGACCUCUGGCAUGACUGAGCGAUUGCACAGUGAAUGUCUGGCAUUCCUCACAUAGCUUCACCAGGUGUGUUUACCUGAAGAGGACGAGCCCCCUGUCACUCAGACCUCACCCACUGUUCAUGAGCAAUAUGUACUGUACAGUUUUAGUUUGGUAUGUUGACUGUUUUAAUAAAGUCAUGUGGAUUUGAGAUUAUGCACUACGUUUGGAGUUUAAAGCCUUUACAAGACUCCUUUAUGCAGUCGUAGUUUAUUGAUCUGAGAUUAGGUGUUGAUGAGUUUACUCUUGGGUGAUGUCAGUUUUCUAGUAGAUUCCAACCCUCUCCUUUUAUUGAUCCGAGAUGGCACAAUAAUACUGUAACCUCUGAGAUUGCGCAACACCUCUACUACUUUCCCUGUGUACUUCUGUAAUGUGUAAUCUCUCUCUGUCUCUUUCUCUCUUUCCUUCUUUCUUUCUCUCUCUACCUCCAUCCCCAGGUUAAACAGUGAGGUGCCUAGUCGAAGGCGACUGAGAGAGGAGAUGGUGUGGAUGCAGCAGAGUCUGUCUGUGCUGGGCUCUCCUGUAGUCCUCUGCCACAAUGACCUGCUGUGUAAGAACAUAAUCUAUAAUCAGCAAGGAGGUGAGUCCCACCCUGCACGCCCAAACAUACUGCACCUAGCCACUAUUGCACUGUCCACCACUACCAGUCACAGGUAGGCCUGAUUUCAUAUACUGCACCAGAGUUUGGGGUCAAUUCCAUUUAAAUUCAGUCCAUUCAGGAAGUCGACUGAAAUUCCAAUUCUGAUUUUCCACAUUGAAGAGAAAUUAGGGGAAUUGGAAAUGGAAUUUUAGUUUAGUUCUGAAGUUAAAAUAGAAUUGAGGCACUGCACUACUGCUCUGCAUGGCAUUCUCCCAGUCACAAGCCACAAACCACAGGAAGGACUGACCAUAGUGUUCAGUAGGUAAAUAAUUAGAGGGAACAUUCUGAAACAGAAGGUAUGAAAUACCCAAACUUGUUAAAUUGUCUUAUUUUGCUUUCUGUGUCAGUAUUUUCUCCUGUUUUGCUCAACGAAACAGGGCCUUGGCUUUAGUGCACCUUGUUUAGCCAACAACCAUCACAGAGCCAACAGGCUUUGCCCGUCAUGCUAGCUAAGGGUGGGAAGGGAGGGUGCUCCGUAGUCCAUUUACAUUUUCAUCAAUAUGUAUUUAUUUGUGGUUCUUUGGGAAUGCUAUUUUGUUUGUGUUGUGAAUGCCUUUGGUACUAACAGCCGCCCGUGUACAAAGAGGAUGCACAUAGAAAUGGUCACUCAAACCAGACUCGUCAGGUGGCCAAUGGUUGCAGAGGGAAUGGUGGGUGUUUUUACCUGAGGGUGGAGGAGGAGAGCAUUCUUACCUGAGGCUAAGGUGAGGGAGGGGGAGAGGGAUUCAGCUGAUUUAUACCUGAGAAAAACAUGGGAAUGAGGGAGAGCGCUGUCUACCCCUUCGCUGAUCUGUUCGGCGAGGGGCGGGGUGAUCUCACAGCUCCUUGUGUCCAGCUUUUCUCUCCUAGGAGUGACAGGCGGGAGCGGCUGGCCAGCCAGAGGGAGUGCUGACAGACCCAGUUCAGAACACACCACUGUUCUACGCCUCAGCUCAGAGCAGCAGUAGGCGCUAACACACUCUCCUUUCACUCAGACAGUGACUGACCGCUCUGUGUUAGCUAGCUCACUGCACCAUUUGCUCUUAUUACUUUCACUCAGUGACUGAUGGCUCUUGCAGUGCUAGCUCUUUACCAUACUGUUAUCCAACCCAGUGCUAGACCACACCUAGCUUAUAUGCUUACUUGGUGACAGGAUAGCUCUUGUCUGUUUUAUAAGAGGGAGAAGAAGGAAGCCUCAAGCUUCAGCAAUAACAAAAAAUCAUCACCGAAAACAGAACUACAGUUAGUGUAGGGAGAUCAAAUAUUUUGGCCCAUUCCUCCAUGCAGAUCUCCUCUAGAGCAGUGAUGUUUUGGGGCUGUCGCUGGGCAACACGGACUUUCAACUCCCGCCAAAGAUUUUCUAUGGGGUUGAGAUCUGGAGACUGGCUAGGCCACUCCAGGACCUUGAAAUGGUUCUUACGAAGCCACUCCUUCGUUGCCUGGGAUCAUUGUCAUGCUGAAAGACCCAGCCACAUUUCAUCUUCAAUGCCCUUGCUGAUGGAAGGAGGUUUUCACUCAAAAUCUCACGAUACAUGGCCCCAUUCAUUCUUUCCUUUACACGGAUCAGUCGUCCUGGUCCCUUUGCAGAAAAACAGCCCCAAAGCAUGAUGUUUCCACCCCCAUUUUUAGCUGAUGCUCUUAUCCAGAGCGACUUACAGUUAGUGCAUACAUUAUUAUUUUCAUACUGGCCCCCCGUGGGAAACGAACCCACAACCCUGGCGUUGCAAACGCCAUGCUAUAUCAACUGAGCUACCUCCCUGCCUGCCAUUCCCUCCCCUACCCUGGACGACGCUGGGCCAAUUGUGCGCCGCCCCAUUGGUCUCCCGGUUGCGGCCGGCUACAGCAGAGCCUGGAUUCGAACCAGGAUCUCUAGUGGCACAGCUAGCACUGCGAUGCAGUGCCUUAGACCACUGCGCCACUCGGGAGGCCUGUAACAGUAGGCCUGUAACAGUAGGUAUGGUGUUCUUUGGAUGCAACUCAGCAUUAUUUGUCCUCCAAACACGACGAGUUGAGUUUUUACCAAAAAGUUAUAUUUUGGUUUCAUCUGACCAUAUGACAUUCUCCCAAUCCUCUUCUGGAUCAUCCAAAUGCACUCUAGCAAACUUCAGACGGGCCUGGACAUGUACUGGCUUAAGCAGAGGGACACGUCUGGCACUGCAGGAUUUGAGUGCCUGGCGGCGUAGUGUGUUACUGAUGGUAGACUUUGUUACUUUGGUCCCAGCUCUCUGCAGGUCAUUCACUAGGUCCCCCCGUGUGGUUCUGGGAUUUUUGCUCACCGUUCUUGUGAUCAUUUUGACCCCACGGGGUGAGAUCUUGCGUGGAGCCCCAGAUCGAGGGAGAUUAUCAGUGGUCUUGUAUGUCUUCCAUUGCUCCCACAGUUGAUUUCUUCAAACCAAGCUGCUUACCUAUUGCAGAUUCAGUCUUCCCAGCCUGGUGCAGGUCUACAAUUUUGUUUCUGGUGUCCUUUGACAGCUCUUUGGUCUUGGCCAUAGUGGAGUUUGGAGUGUGACUGUUUGAGGUUGUGGACAGGUGUCUUUUAUACUGAUAACAAGUUCAAACAGGUGCCAUUAAUACAGGUAACGAGUGGAGGACAGAGGAGCCUCUUAAAGAAGAAGUUACAGGUCUGUGAGAGCCAGAAAUCUUGCUUGUUUGUAGGUGACCAAAUACUUAUUUUCCACCAUAAUUUGCAAAUAAAUUCAUUAAAAAUCCUACAAUGUGAUUUUCAGGAUUUUUUUCCCCAAUAGCUCUUUUAACCACAAUAGUCUCUCAGCGACAGUUCCAUUACUGUCUCUCUGUGAGAGCAGAGGGAAGCCUCUUCCUUCCUUCCAACAAUAACAAAACCGUUUACCCCCUGAAACUGACUAAAGUGAAAGGUUAGGGAAACUUUAAACUUAUUGUAACUUCCCCUUAUUUAAGAUGAUGUUUAAAAGAGUCAUUUCAGUUCACCCAAUAAGAGAGCAGGGUUGUUUGUCUCAUUCAGCUGAACUGUCCUCCCUUUUUUCCCCAAGGCCUCAUCCCUCUGUUUAUCUUUCUGCUCUGUCAAGUCAGGUGAUGAAGGGAGGGAGAGAAGUAGUCAAAUUCUGCCCCAAGUCUCUGAGUGUCAAACCUGUGUUGCUUAGAUUACAACAGGAAGCCAUUCAAUUCUCUCAUUUGCAUAGGAUCAGGGAGGUGUCGUGCCAUUGGGUCCCAUGUGGACCAAUCAGAAUGCAGCUUUGAAGGGGCCUGUUGCGAAAAGGGGGGGGGAGUGUGAGCCCAAAGGAGAGGAGAGCGUUGGCAGUGGCAGUUUGUGUGACUGUGGUUGUGUGUGAAUGUGUGAGAGAGAGUGUGUGUCUGUGUCUGUGUCUGUGUGUGUGUGUGAUGGAUGUGAGUUUGCCCAAACCUUUUCGUCUGCUGUACAGGGCUACUAGCCACUGACUGGAGGUGUUCUGUUGUGUCCCGCUAGAACCGCACGGCGUCCGGUAACCAUCUCACGUGUCUUUACUAAGUCAACCCCAGAAACACACACCAAAACACUCACACACACACUGUAUGUGAAACUGUACUGUGACAAACACACAUCAUUUGGAAUUUAGGGUGCUUCAACAAGCACUCUUGAAUAUGACCUGCAUAGUAAAUCAAAUGCUUAAAUAAAGACCCUAAAGCAUUUGAAUGGGUUUUUUUUUUUGUCAGGGAGAGCGCUAAAACAGCUCUUGUAGUUAGAUUUGGGGGUAAGGCUUUGCAUGUUGAUGUCACCUCAUGCAGUACUGUUUCUUCACUAGAGGGCAGUGUUGCAUCUCUUUACCUCCAACGCCACAUUCCUUCUGCAUGGUCCCUCUUUUUCCAUCUUUCCACCACAAUCUCUUUCUCAACACAUUACCUUUCACCCAAUCAAUUCCACUGCAAGUUCCACAACUGCAUGUGAAUCAAACUAACCAAAUAUAAACUUGCCGUGGAAAGUAAUAUAGACGUUCUUACUUUUUUAAAUUACACAUUUUGACUUCUCUUUCAUAUUCCUCUGUAUUUAAUUAAUUACAACAUAUCUCACUAACCAAACAACAACAAAAACUAAACAUGUAAAAACGACACAACAUUAUUCCUCUGUAUAUAAUAGUGUCUGUGUAAGCUAAUUUGUUUGUGAAGCCAAUCAGGUGAUUUCCUGGAAGAAGUUGAUAAUGGACUACUGUUUGUCUAUGGAAUUGGAUAAUCCAAUCCAUUUUCCAAUCACAUGACUGGCUCCUGUAGCUUAUAUUGGGAUUGGGAUCACCCCACUCUUAUAUAAUGGCAGAAAACAUGGAAGUGAAACCGAGAAGAAGAACAUAAAAUCAAUCUCUUUGAAAAUAUCCGUUCUCAACUUUUUCCAGAGCACUUUCAAAUUCAAACUGGUUGAAAGCUGGUCCUAGAUCUAAAUGUAAUUUUUUUUAGCCAACUCCUCUAACUCGUCUGACUGUUAUAUAACAUGACAACCACUGUCAUGACAACGCUAUACAGAGGAAUCGGCUAAAGCACAUACACCUGUUUGGGACCAGGCGAACUGCAUGUCUGAAUCAAUUAGGCCUAUAUGUCUGUCUAUCUCUAUCAACUUUGUAUGUCUGUCUAUCUGUAUCAACUUUCUUGUCUUCAUUUUCUCGAAACAUUCUCAUCUGUGCCUCACUUCCCUUCAAAAUGCAAACUCUUACUCCUCAACCCCAGAGGCCUACAGUAUUUAUAGUAGGCUGUCAGUCAGGCAUCAGAACCACUUAGACUAGAGACAGGGAUGAUAAUGGGUUAAUAAUGCACAGCUUUAUCAUUUAUAAUGUGACUGGUCUCUGUCCUGUUCUAAACAAACCUUCCUCUCUGCUCCUUUCAGAAAAUGUGAAGUUCAUUGACUACGAAUACGCUGGGUACAAUUACCAAGCCUAUGACAUUGGGAACCACUUCAAUGAAUUUGCAGGUAAGAGAGUGUGUGUUUUGGGUCACGUUGCCAAGUGCGAAUGGUCAUUGGUCAUUUUACUAAGUGCUGCGUGUAUGUGUUGUGGUCCCCUGUAGCUCACUUGGUAGAGUAUGUCGCUUGCAAUGCCAGGAUAGUUGGUUCAAUUCCCAGGGACGAAAAAUUUAUGCACGCAUGACUGCUUUGGAUACAAGCAUCUGCUAAAUGACAUAUUAUAUUAUGGUCAGUGUGUUAAGCGUGUGUUUGGUCAUUGUACUAAGCAUAUCUGUGUUUUAACCUUUUACUUAGCAUGUGUAUGUGUGUCCUGUUAGGUCUGAAUGAGGUGGACUACAGCCACUACCCAGAGCGGAGCUUGCAGCUGCAGUGGCUGCGCUCGUACCUGGAGGCCUAUAAGGAACACAAAGGUCAAGGGUCAGAGGUCACUGAGACAGAGGUGGAGGUGCUCUAUGUACAGGUCAACCGCUUCUCCCUGGUGAGUUCAUUCUCCUUUCUUUUUGUUUUGUGGUUAAUUUGUGGUUUACGCCCAAGACAAAGUUGUCACAUUUUUAUUUGAGCUUUGUUUACAAGAUUAAGUAUACAAGAUUAAGUAUUAGACCGAUGUUCAGUGAGACUUUGAGACAGGGAAAUCAGUCAGUAGUGUUCCUAGGUAAAGUUGAAAGGCUCUUUUGAGGCUUUUCACAAGGAGAUCUUCAAUGCCAGUCAUCUGUCUGUUUGAAUGUUCUCAGUUCAUCAUCUUCAACUCAACUCUUUCUUCAUCCCCUCUGCUCUUCUCCGCUCACUUCUUUCAGAGAAACAACAAAAUGUACCCAAAACAAAUCAAUUGCACAAGAAUGUGUGUUGUUCGGGUGAAUCGCUGAAGGUUAAUUGGUUGGUCCUUUAAUCAAUAGUUAGGGCAGUGUAGUCUUGUGUUGAACUGUCAACCGGUACCUAGCAGAAAUGGUUGUUUCCCUGAACACAUAGACACAUCUAGAAGGUAUGUCCCCUGGGAAUCCAAAGGCAGAGGAGUACUUUGAAAUAAACACUUAGUAGACCUGCAAAUGAGACAAACAAAGCAGGAGAAAUAGCUUUGUAAAUAUUUCUAAUUGACCGUCUGACUGUUUGCUGUUCAACAGAAGUGCAGUCAUGGUAAUUCAUCAGAGUACUUUACACUACAGUUUAGCUGAAGAAAGUUCCAAAGCAUUUGAAUAGCAAUAGAAGCGUAACACUGCUUUCAAAGAUCAAAGGAUGGACCAUAUUCAACAAAUGUAUACAAUGUCACAUAGAGAGAAGUGACCUUGCAAACCUAUUGAAAACGAAUGAGAAGAGUUAUGCCUUGUUAUAGACAAUAAGAGUCCCUGGGGGUAUAUUAGCCAUGCAUUAGCUAUACAUAGGGGUAUGUUCUGCUAAUCCAUAGGUUAAACAUGGCAACAGAAGCUUGCUGUACCUGUUUUUGAAGUAGGGAGACUAUAUAGCAGCCUCCUUGGAGAUUUCCAGGACAAUCUAGAAUUCUCAUUUUGUACAGUCAACCGUAGCACCCAACAAUCCCAACACCACCUGAGACUCGCCCUACCUCCUCCUUUGGUAACUACACUCACGUGUGUUUACUGUAGAUAGAAGUGGUAGCCUUGGAUUUCGGUCUGUUUCCGCUGUGGACAACUCCUUUGUUGGUUGUUACUAUGGGCUUUGUCAUGUUUGGCGUGACAAUGGUGUUGGUUAAAGACUUCCAUUCCGAUCAGGACAAUGAACACUGACCCACAUUCAAUAAUAUGACUAUCCCCCAUUUCUUUCUCUCUCCCUAUCUCCUUCUCCCUCUCUCCAGGCAUCUCAUUUCUUCUGGGGCCUGUGGGCUCUGAUUCAGGCAGAGUUUUCCACCAUUGAUUUUGACUUCCUGGGGUAAGUGGCUUCAAAAAUAUAGGUUUUAUCCAGAGACAAGUCGAGAGUUUGGUACUAUAAAGUUAUAUCUGCAAAAAGAUGAUUCUGAGAUAAUUGGCUUUAGAGUUCCGAUCCCUCAUUGGUGUGAAUGGUGUCAGCAAUUUGUAUAUUGUAAUCUUUUCAGCUUAACAACAUGAAUUGGGGUAUUUAGAGUGCCAUAUAGGUAGAGAACAUUGAACAAAACAAGACUUUGUCAGUAACUCAAAUGUUUUUAUAUUAUAUACUUUUUCUCCCCAAUUUCGAACUUGUCUCUUCGCUGCAACUCCCCAACGGGCUCGGGAGGCGAAGGUCGAGUCAUGCGUCCUCUGAAACAUGACACGUCAAACCGCGCUUCUUAACACCCGCCCGCUUAACCUGGAAGCCAGCCGCACCAAUGUGUCGGAGGAAACACCAUUCAACUGAUGACAGAGGUCAGCCUGCAGGCGCCCGGCCCGCCACAAGGAGUCGCUAGAGCGUGAUAAGCCGAGUAAAGCCCCCCCCAAGCCAAACCCUCUCCUAACCCAGACGACACUGGGCCAAUUGUGUGCUGCCCUAUGGGACUCCCAAUCACGGCCGGUUGUGACACAGUCCAGGAUCGAACCCAGGUCUGUAGUGACGCCCCUAGAACUGCGAUGCAGUGCCUUAGACCGCUACGCCAUUUGGGAGGCCCAAGUAACUCAAUUUUGACACAAAUGCAGAUAGAACCUUAUAGUCCCAAGCUCUCGAAGACAUGACAUUACAGCCAUAGCAGAUAUAACAUAUUUAUAGAUUCUGUAAUAAUGUAAAUUGUUGAGUACUUUGUCUUCACUCUGAAGGCCUACUUAUGAGCUAUUGAUAUUAUGCCCUGACACUGCAUCUUGCUUUCUUAUGAUGUAUUGUCACUGACUUGAUAUCUUGUUACUAAAGUGACGUACAUUUGCUCACUCGUUUCAGAUACGCAGUCCUUCGCUUCAGCCAGUACUUCAAGAUGAAGCCAGAGGUUGCAGCACUGAACUUUCCAGAAUAAAAGUCCUCCUCCCUACCUGGUCCUCAUGUCCACCGUAGAGUGCCCUCUAGGGGGUGUCGUAAAGAAGACCUGGAGAGAGCCCAGCCCACGCUUCCUGUGGAUUUCAUUCGGCACUCACUAGAGACUCAUAGAACCCUAUGGGAACUUAUAGAACCCUUUUGAGAACUCAUAGCUGUUAGAAACCAUGACUCGCCAUCCAUUAACACUCCACAGGGCCAAAUCCAUAGAGUCAUAUAGAAGCCUAGAACCAUGCACUUCUUCAUAAAGACUAAAGUCUUUAAGACCCAGUCCUCCAAAAUGUCCAAAUAUGCAAGAAAAAAAUGAAGAAAACUAUCAUGGCUAUUUUUGUUAAGAACAACCAAAUGAAAACAGUGCCAUGUAAAAUAUGGUGAAUUCAGUGUGAAAUUCCAGUAGCAUCUCUCACCCCAGUCUGUGCCCGCCCAUAGGGGUAGCUCGCAACAGGGGAGACCUAGACCAACUCUGUAACUUGUCUCCUGUGUUGUGCUGCUGACUGACUGAAUAUUAGUGUGUGUGGGCUCACUCAGAGCCAUUCAUAUUGGAUAUAUACAUCUCUUGUCUGGGCUCACUGGUCCACUGAUUAUUUAGUCACCAGUAUAUCUGUUGGUUUAAUGGUAGGCUAUAUAAUAAGUUACCAAUAUGUGUUGGUGCACUUGUGGUAGUCACCAAUAUAUAUUUGUUGGUCGAUUGGUUAGAUUACUUAGGUAGUGUCUCCUAGGUAAUUCAUUCUGUUCCCCUGUGUGAAGCGACGUCCACUUCCCUACCGUAACUAGGCUGUAGUUUGAUUCAUGGGAAAUGUGUCAUCAUGACGACGGCCAGGACUAUUUCCUGACCAUUUCCUGGAAAAACUCUGACCAGGAGAAACUCUGGGCCUGGGGCCUUGUGGUCAGGAAACCCUCCAAGCCCUAGUCAUGACAGUGCUAUGUUCACUGUAUAAAGUCAUUUAGAUUCACUUUUUGAUUUAUCAUGUAACCUCAUGGGGCAAUUGCAUUUGGCUAGACACGGCCUAGUCCUGGACUAAAAUACAGGCACUUUCAAUGGAGAGUUGAUGUUCAAUGGAGUCACCAUUGAAAGUCAUUUUUAGUCAAGAAGUAUAGGCUUAAGCUGGUUUAGUGUUGCCUGGCUACCCUUCCACCUCGCUCCGGCCAACUGACGUUUCUUCUCAAUGAUGAGUCUGGAUUUGCCUCCCUCCCUGAUGAUUUCUAGAAUGCGAACACAUUCUGACCAAUCUGAUUGGUCCCAGAAACUGAUGGGUUGGGCCAGAGCCGGCCUACAUGGAUGACGUUAUCAACUUUGAAACUAUGGUUAGAUUUUUUUUUGGGACUAUCCAAUCGCUGAUUAAUUUGUUUUGUAAAACGCCCCUCAUUUUGAAGUCACACAAACAACUUCUAGAAUGGCAGUUUCAGACUGAAUGUAUGUAGCGAUUGCUAGAGCAGCGUAAUUAAAUUCAGGGUGAGUUGUCUGACAAGGUUUAGUGCAACUGGCUGUGAGACAACUGAGAGUAAGACCUAUGAUUGGAGGACCAACGGCUUUGGUAGUGAGUGUCUUUGAAAGACUUCUCUUUAUCUGAAAGAGUCUCUCUGUAACAGUAUAGUUCUUCAUCUGUUUAUAAAGUAUGCGCUGCUUGGUUCCAUGAGUUCUUUACGAAAAAAAGUUCAUCUAAUAGGUCAAAACCAACCUACACCAAAGUGCUGAUAUUUUUUGCUUGUACAUAAUUGCACAUUGUAUUUUUCCGUUUAGAAAUAAUAAUAUUGAUGUAUAAUAUUUACUUUUUAAAAAGUACAGUUUUUAUACCUAUUUAAGUGAUGAACUGUUUUCUGACUGGGAGGUCUUGGAGAGUAUGUUAGGAGUGUGUUAAAACAGCUUCAACGUUAGUCAGGGUUGGUCUGUGCGGUCACUGUACAGACGCCUGGAUGAAGAGACCACUUGAUAGGCUGCUGAAAUAGCACCAUAUUCCCUACAUAGUGCACUACUU